UAGCAUUUAGGAUAUUUCAGGGGGUGGCCUCCAAUGGGAUCUAAAACUUCGGCUCAGGUAUUUCAUGGGCUAUGCUUCAAUUUAAAAUCUGUACUCUCUCCAAAAUUACGAUCCUAACUUUUCUAUCAUCACCAUUUGUGUUCAGGUCUGGCUGCAUCAAAAGCAACCAUGGAGAGGAACAGCUUGACCAACAGUUUGAAAGACCACAGUAUUGAUACUAGAGCCAUUAAGUACUGUGUCGACGAAAAUAAGAACAUGCCUAAAGAUUCAGCGAAUUGUGAUAGCCAAAGCUAUGGGGAUGAUUAUGUUAAUGGGUUUUCAUCCCCACGAUCUUACACAUGUAGCUUCUGCAAAAGGGAAUUCAAAUCUGCUCAAGCUCUGGGUGGCCAUAUGAAUGUCCAUAGGAGAGACAGAGCCAGGUUGAGACAGUCACCCCCAAGGGACGGUCAGUACCCUUUUCUCAACCUUAACUGUAACCCUAACCCCAAGUUCUCACCCUCAUCAUCCUCGUCAUUAUCAUCUCCUUCAACAAGGCUCACACCAUUUGCUUUCCCGUUAUCUUCUUUCAUUUCUCCCACACUUUCGCCAUUAACUUCACCAUCUUCUGCUUCUCCGAAGUGGGGUUUAGUUGGUAGCCUAUUUGAUUCUUUGAGUCCGAAAAGCAUGGAUUUAACUAAACUGAAGAGUGAAAAAUCAUUUAAUGGGGGCGAAGAAUUUGAUCAUGGUUUCAAGGAAAGAGGCGGCCUCAAGAUUUUCAAGAAGCAUGAGAUUGCCAGGUUAGACUUGGAAGUCGAUUUCCUCCGCGACUCAAAGGAGGAUAUAGAUUUGGAACUUCGAUUGGGAAACUCUUAGAUGGGCUUUUUCAAAAUCUUUGUUUUGUCUAAUUGCACCAAUUUACCAUCUGAGAAGACCAAAUAGCUAGCGAGAUGCAUAAAUAUCUAUUUGACAUGAACAACGUCGCAUUUCCAAUCUAUUUAGCAUGUACUACCUAUUUUAUGGCUUUUAUAUAUUAUCGAUCAGUUC